CUUUUUAUGCUGAAUAAUAUUUCACAUUUUGUUAAGCCAUUCAUCAUUUCAGGGACAUUUGGAUUGUUUCCAUUUUUAGUUAUUGUGGGUAAUGUUGCUAUGAACAUUCAUGUGAUAACCUUUAAAUUUGCUCUUUUACUAUAUCCAGUCUAACCAUCCAUAGAGUUUUAAUUUCAAACACUGUAUCUUUAAUUUCCAAGAUUUCUAAUAGGGUUUCCUCCAUUAUUUUCAGUUUAAUUUCUGACAGUGUAUUCAUUUUACACGGCUUAUUUUUUCCCUUUGAAAGUAUAAAAUAUAGAUACUUAUUUUAAAAUCUCAGAUUAUUCUAUUAACUCUGUUUCCUCAGGCUUAACUGCUAUUGGUUGAUAUUUGUCAUAGUUUCCAUGGUGUUGAUCUUCAUUGCUUGGUAAUUUUUAGUUAAGAGCUAAUUAUCCAUGAUCUGUUUAACCUGAGCACAUCUUGUGUUGACAGCUGUCCAGUAGGAGGCUCUCUGGGUUGCUGAGCCCUAGCCUUGCAUGGUAUAUAGCUUGGAUUAAACUUUGCAUGAGUGGUAAAGCACAAAGCUGCUGCAUCUUAAUAGAUUGGAUAGUCCUGACUCCUGUCAUGACUUACAUGAAAUGACUUUGAGGCCCUCAUCCCAAAUCAGUGAGGCAGCUACCAGUAUCCCUUGGUCUAACCAACAUUCAGGAAGGCAUAUGGCUCAUCUCUGGCCUUCGUUCAUGUUUUGGUACCUUGCCUAGACUUCUACGUGUGGUCUGUGUGGCUCUUGCUCUUAAACCUGUAAGUGUUGCAAUAUUAGCUCUAUGUUUUUUCCCAAUCCAGGCGCCAAAUAUUGUGUAUCUUUAGUUCAUUAUGGAUUCUUUCUCAUGCUCUGUUUUUGUUGUUCUUUUAGAAGAUGGAGAAAGAAGACUAUCUUUCCAUUUCUGAAAUACAGUCUAUACUGCCUGGAUUCUCUGCAAAGCUGAGUUGGACUUUGGAGGAAGGCAGCUAUUCCCAGGAUAUGUCUGUGGUAACACCCUUCCAGAUAAUUUUUGAGAUUGAUGAAAAUCCCAGAACUUUGAUGACGGAUUGUCUGGUUAUAAAGCAUUUUUUACGCAAAAUCACCAUGGUACACCCUAAGAUCAGAUUUAAUUUCAGUCUAAAGGUAAAUGGAAUCCUCUCCAAAGAGUUCUUUGGGAUAGAGAAUGAACCCACUUUGAACCUGUCGAAUGGAAUUGCUCUUGUAAUAAACUCUCAGCAUUAUGUAAGCAGACCAAAAUUUGGUACAACUGAAUCAUGCUGCAGCAGAAUCCACCCUGUGCUAGGACAUCCUAUAACACUUUCCAUCCCUGAUGACAUGGUUGGCAUGGACUUGUUGGGAGAACUGAUACUGACUCCAGCUGCUGCUCUGUGCCCCACCCCAAAGGUCUUUUCCAGCCAGUUGAACAGGAUUUCUUCAGUUUCCAUAUUUCUGUAUGGACCUUUGGGUCUGCCUCUGAUACUGUCAAGUCGGGAACAGCCAGUUACUCCUGUGUUCAAAGAUACCUCUUAUUUCAUUGACUUGGAAAAAUACUGCUUGCAUAUGGUGCCCAAUUUGGAUCUCAAUUUGGACAGAGAUUUGGUGCUUCCAGAUGUGAGUUAUCUGGUGGAAUCCAGUGAGGGGGCUCAGUUUCAGAAUACGGACACUCAAGGACACAUUCUGCUGCUUUUUCUCUUUGUGGAUUUCCACAAUGGGUUUCCAAUCCAGCAAAUGGAAAUCUGGGGAGUCCAUACUUUGCUCACUACUCAUCUCAGUGCCAUCCUCACAGAGAGCCACAGUGUAGUACAGGAUUCCAUCCAGUUCACUGUGGACCAGGUCUUGGAGCAGCAUCACCAAGCUGCCAAGGCUCAUCAGAAACUGCAGGCCUCACUCACGGUGGCUGUGAAUUCCAUCAUGAGUGUUGUGACUGGAAGCACCUGCAGCAGCUUCCGAACCAUGUGUCUCCAGGCCCUUCAGGCAGCUGACACACAGGAGUUUGGGACCAAACUGCACAAAGUAUUUCAUGAGAUCACCCAGCACCGAUUUCUUCACCACUGCUCAUGUGAGGUGAAGCAGCAGCUGACCCCAGAGAAAAAGGAUUCAGCGCAGAGCACUGAGGAUGCACGUGAAAACAGCAACCCGGUGCUCCUUGCAGAGACCAGCGGGCCAGCGGAAAACAAGAGGCCCAUGAGGGGCCGCCUCCGCCAGGGCGAGAAGACGCGAACUCUCCGCUAUGCUGGGGCCCCGAGCCCGUCGGAAGCCGCCCCGCGCCGCCCGGAGCCCACCGCGGCCUGCCUCACCCCUAGCGGAGGGGAGGCCCGCGCGACCCACGGCACGGCCCCGGCGCCGGGCGUGAGUCCCGGGAGUGGUCUGGAGGACGCGCUGUGGCUGCAGGAGGUCUCCAACCUGUCGGAGUGGCUGAGUCCCAGCCCUGAGCCCUGAGCCGGUCCCCUCCCGCGAGUCCCGCCGCCUCCAGGCUGCCGGCGGCUGCUGUAGCGCGUCGUUCAAUAAAGCUGCUCCGCGC